GUGGCAGGAGACCUCGGGAAGAGCCGGACCGCGGCCCCCGCCUCAGGCCUGCUGGAAGAGGAGGCGGAGGAGGAAAGGGAGGCGGCAAAGGAGCGUCGUGGCCCGGCCCAGGCCAGCCUUUCCCUCCUCCUCCUCCUCGCCUCAUUCGCUCCCCUCAGCGGCGGCGGGUGCGUGUGACCGGGGCGGCCUCCGCUCCUCGCUUCGCCUCCCUUCGCGGGGUCUGAGGGCAGAAUGAGCGGCCGCUGACAUGGCUCUGCAGUGCAAGAUACAGACCUUGCAGGUGGUUGACACGGAGUACAACGCCGAUGUCGUGGAGUGGUGCCCCGUGGAGGGCUGGCGGAGCAUCCUGGCGUGCGGUACCUACCAACUCAAGAAGCCUGACAGCAAUCCUGGUGAGAGCCCUGACAAGAACAAUGAGCCCCACGUGCGGCUGGGCCGCCUCUACCUGUAUUGCUUUGAAGAACAGAUUUUCGCACCCCUGACCGAGAUCCAAAGGCUGGAAACGGCGGCCGUGCUGGACAUUAAGUGGUGCCAUGUUCCCAUUGCAGAGCAUCCUGUUCUAGGCAUUGCAAAUGCCAAGGGAGCAGUAGAGCUCUCCCACUUGACAGGAAGUGAGAAGAGCUGCAAGCUGGAACCAUUGUGCUGCAUGGACCUGGGAGCUGAAUGCCUUGCCUUAUCUCUGGAUUGGUCCACGGGACGAGAGCAGCGUGGCUGCCCACUGCGAUUGAUCAGCAGCGAUUCAAAGGGAAGGCUGAACUUGCUGUCCAUUGAUGAAUCUGCCCCCUCGGUGCACAUCUUGGAACAGUGGAAGGCACAUGACUUUGAAGCUUGGAUUGCUGCAUUUGACUAUUGGAACACAUGUAUUGUAUAUUCAGGUGGGGAUGAUUGCAAACUACGGGGCUGGGACACCCGGACCAACCCAAGGGCUCCCAUCUUCACUAGUGAGAGGCAUUCGAUGGGGGUGUGCAGUAUUCAGUGCCAUCCACUCUGGGAUAAUCUGCUGGCCACGGGAAGCUACGAUGAACAUGUCCUCCUGUGGGAUACCCGUAAUAUGAAGCAGCCAUUGGCAGACACCCAUGUACAGGGUGGAGUCUGGAGGUUAAAAUGGCAUCCGACGCAGGAAUACUUCCUGCUAGCAGCCUGCAUGCACAACGGCUUCAAAAUCCUUGAUUGCCAAGGUAGUAUGGUGGAACACAAAGAGGAAUGCACUGUUCUUUCAUCUUACAUCUUGCACAAUUCCUUGGCUUAUGGAGCCGAUUGGUCCAGGCUCCCUCUGAGCGACCCCUCAGGGCUGUCUGCAGUGAUGCCUGCAGUUCCCAUGGAGCAAGGAGCUGGGAAAGUGGACCUUAAAGCCCAGAAUCUCAAGAUAGUUUACGAGUCCCCUACGGCCACUUUUGAUGUGAUGCUGGAUGAGGAGGACCAAACCCCUGGAUCACCAGUCCAAGCAGAAGGUAGCUUUGACCUGCAGGGGUCAUGUACUGAAGAAAAAGGUUCCGAAACCAAAGCAUACAGUGAAACAGGCAUGGCUAAAGCCCAAAGAGAGACCAGCCUCCUAGCAACGUGCUCUUUUUACGACAGCAUCCUGCAUGUUUGGAAAUGGGAAGCUGUCAAGACUACCUCUUUGGCCUAUACACAGGGUCAGUCUUGAUUAAAGUUAUGGUUUUCCUGCCUUUUUAGCAUUAAGGUGUGGAAGAUGACAUAGCUCUUGGGGUAGCUGCCCUCCUACGUCGGGUUUCCAGCUUUACUCCUGGGAGUCUUUCAUUGCUCUGAGAGCUUUGAAGACCCCUCAGGCACUUCAGGGAUGUACUGCUGAGUCUGCUCUUUCCCCAUCCAUUCUAUCUCUUGCUGCAGAAAUAAAACUAUUAGAUUGAUGUGAUUCUCAUUCUAUUACAUCUACCACAGACAGCAGUUACAUCUUAGUUUGGGGUUAAGGCAUCUCUAUUUGAUCAAGUAGAUUUGGUUCUGCUUGACCCCUACCAGCCACUCUGUUCCUUUUACUUUUCCUGUGUAAUAAACUUCUUCAGCUUCUUAAACUGGGCUCACUGUCUGUACCGCAGCAAGGAAAACUAGCCACUAUUACUGAACCCCACUUCUCUUGGGGUAACAUGUCUGAGUUACUUAUCUCUAAACACCAGCUGAAAAUAAGGCAGGCAAACCUAUGUCUUUGGAUUUGUCUGAGUUCACUAGCCAUCUAAUAUCUGAAAGAUCUCUUGCCCCAGCCAAACACUGGUAGACGGAGAAGAAAUGCUAAAAUGCCAGCCAGCAUUUAUUUCAUGCUUCUAUAGCUUACCUCCCCGUUGCAGGAAAGGCAAGGUCAUACUCAGGUUUACGCUUCAGGUUUCUUUGAAUAUGUUACUAGGAGCAAAUAAAAUAAAGGGAAAAGGGAUGUAAUUUGGACCUUCACUGAUGCACCUCCAUAUCACAGAAGUGAAGAACACCAGCAACAAUCAGUAUUAACAGUGGGGAUACUUGCCAGAAACCUUGGUUUGGACUUUGCAAGUUCCUCAGUACUGCAGAAGUCCUCGCUGAAGGGGCAGACUUGUAAUCUGAGACAUUACGACUCCAAAGUAGUGCAUUUAUGUAUAAAUAUAAUCAGUAUUGUAAACAAUCAUCUUUAAUUAAAAAAAUAUUUUGGAUCUUUCUAAAAUAAACUGAUGUCUAUCCUUAGUCACAAUGGAUUCUA